AAGUGUCUCCCGGCAGCGAUGGCUGCGGCGGUGUCGGCGCUCGGCGGGUUGGGCGAUGCCGAUGGCGGGGGCUCCUCGGGCUCGGAGGAUGAGGCGAGGCCUGGCACGGCGGCGGAGGCGGCAGCGGCGGCGGCAGCAGCGCAGAAGCGGGAGGAGCGGCUGCGAAAGUUCCGUGAGCUCCACAUGAAGCGGAACGAGGCUCGCAAGCUGAACCUCCAAGAAGUGGUGGAAGAAGAUAAAAGAAUGAAAUUGCCAGCAAACUGGGAAGCCAAAAAAGCUCGGCUGGAGUGGCAGCUGCAGGUGGAGCAGAAGAAAAAGGAAUGUGCAGCAAGAGGAGAAGACUACGAGCGAGUGAAGCUGCUGGAGAUCAGCGCUGAGGAGGCAGAUAGGUGGGAGAGGAAAAAGAAGAAGAAAAAUCCAGAUCUGGGAUUUUCAGACUACGCAGCAGCACAGCUACGGCAGUACCAGCGCCUGACCCGACAGAUCAAGCCUGACCUGGAGCAGUAUGAGAGGCUGAAGGAGCAGUAUGGUGAAGCUCUGUACCCCACCUCUGACAGCCUCCUGCACGGAACCCACGUGCCCUCCAAGGAAGGGAUUGACAGAAUGGUUGAAGAUCUGGAGAAGCAGAUUGAAAAGAGGGAAAAGUACAGCAGGAGACGUCCCUACAAUGAUGAUGCUGACAUUGAUUACAUCAACGAGAGGAAUGCCAAGUUCAACAAGAAGGCAGAGAGGUUCUAUGGGAAGUACACUGCAGAGAUUAAACAGAACCUGGAGAGAGGCACAGCUGUCUGAGCACACAGCCCUGCUGCACCUGGUGGGGGUUUUGGAGGUGUUAUUAAAUUGUAU